UGGGCUGCCGCACCCCUGCAGGUGUCCAGGCCCGCCCGGAUGCCUUUGGAGCUCCUGGGCCGGGGGAGGUGUCCCUGCCCGGGCAGGGGUGGAACUGGACGGGUCUGACGUCCCCGCAGGGCCAAUGGGGAGCCGGGGCGGGCCGCUGCGGCCGGACUGCCCGAGCACCGCGAUGCCGGGCUUGGUCCGGUUCCGGGGCUGCGGGCGCGGCUCCCGCUGCGGCUACUGCGGGGCGCGGGGCGGCAAGGUCUCGGCCGGUAUGUGGGCACAUUCGAUGACAGUUCAAGAUUAUCAGGAUCUCAUAGACAGAGGAUGGCGAAGAAGUGGAAAAUAUAUCUACAAACCCAUCAUGAAUCAAACGUGCUGUCCUCAAUACACAAUAAGGUGCCAGGCUUUGCACUUCCAGGCCUCCAAGUCUCACAAGAAAGUUCUGAAGAAAAUGCUGAAGUUCAUUUCGAAAGGAGAUGUUUCAAAGGGAGCAAAUGAAGAAGAGCCAAUGGAAUCUCACGUAGAAGGUGCCGCCGCGUGCGAUUUUGCAUACAGAAGUGAAUUCCGUGUCGCUCAGUCUGAAGUGACUCCAUUGAGCGGUGAUCACAUGGAGAGAGUGGAAAAUGAAGAUAAGGACACAGGAGAAGCAAAAGAAGAAGUGAAUGAGCAGAAGGAGGAAUCGAGGUCUCUUCAGAUAAGCACGGAUAAAGACACGCCAGUCCCCGGGGGACCGUCACAUUCGGCUAAAAUUGCUCAUGCACCACCUAAGCCAGGGAAAGGGGCUGAUCUGAGCAAGCCCCCGUGUCGCAAAGCAAAGGACAUCCGGAAGGAAAGGAAGCUGCAGAAACUCCUUCAGAACCAGGCGUGCGCGUUGGAAGGCUCUCAACAUCAAGCAGGAGAUCAGAGGGUCCUCUCACAGAACUCCAAACCUAAACCAAACCAACCUAAAGCCCUUGAAGACUUUGUUUUUGUCUCUUUCCCUGACGAUGCCCCACACAAAUUAGAGGUGAGGGUGGUGAGAUCAUCUCCACCGAGUUCCCAGUUCAAAGCCACGUUUCAGGAGUCUUACCAGGUGUAUAAGCGUUACCAGAUGGUUAUUCACAAGGACCCGCCUGAUAAACCAACCGUACAUCAGUUCACGCGGUUCCUCUGUGACUCUCCUCUGGAGGCGGAGGAUGCGCCAAAUGGACCAGACUGCGGCUACGGUUCCUUCCACCAACAAUACUGGCUGGACGGGAAGAUAAUCGCUGUCGGUGUAAUCGAUAUCCUGCCCUACUGCGUGUCCUCCGUCUAUCUGUACUACGAUCCAGACUACUCGUUCUUAUCUUUGGGGGUCUACUCUGCACUGCGGGAAAUUGCAUUUACUAGGCAACUUCACGAAAAAGCUCCUGAUCUCUGUUUUUAUUACAUGGGUUUCUACAUCCAUUCCUGCCCCAAAAUGAGAUACAAGGGUCAGUACAGGCCGUCGGACUUGUUGUGUCCAGAGACAUACGUCUGGACACCCAUUGAGCAAUGUCUGCCUCUGCUCGAGCAUUCAAAAUACUGCCGGUUCAACCCGGACGCAGAAGCAGUGGAUGAAGGUCGUGUCAAGGAGCUGGGCAGAGUGAGGGUGCUGCACAAGAGGACCGUGAUGCCUUAUAGCGUCUACAAGAAAAGAAGGAAUGGGCCAAGCGACGAAGCCAGUGUUCAGCAGUAUGCGAGCUUGGUUGGACAGACCUGUUCAGAAAGAAUGUUGUUGUUUAGAAGUUGAAAAAUCAUUAAAUGGCAUUUCAGUGGCGCUACACUUGGUUGCACUGCCAGGAGAUGAUGUGUACUCUAGUUGUGUGUGGGUAUGCCUACUCAAAUAGCAGUCUGGGGGGCACGGGUGUGUAUGUAUCCAGGCUUGUGUGGACACACGGUACUGUGUUUGAAGGCCACCUCCAAUAAAACUUACAAUACAGCAAAGCUUUAGCAAUAUAAGUUCAGAAAAACAUGCUUGCAAUAUAUUUUCAUUAAGUAGUUCUGGCCUUUCUGUGCAUUUUGAAUAAUUCUAAGUAUCUAAGCAAAAUGGAAAGCAGGUGUCUUUUUUGUAGAGAUGAAGGCUGACUGAAUCUAGAUUAACAAUAAUUCAAUUACAAAUGUUUUCAGGUAGCACCUUGGGUAUCUGUAGUUUAAAAUUGCCAUGAAAUUUAUGCUUGCAUUUGUUCGCUCCUAAACUCUUGUGAGAGAAUUGAAACAUGCUGUUACUUUCUAACGUGAAGUCUGGCAUGGUUUAAUUUUAUUUCAAUAGCAGAUUUAAAACCAGGAAGAAAUUUCUUUCACCCGCCCAUUCUCUGUUUGUUUGAAGCAGUAGAUGAGUGCCUGAGGUCCUGGUGAAGGUAGGAGUUCACCGUGGCAGGGGAUGCCGUGCUUUGGGGAGCUUCCCUCUUUGGAGGUGGAACAGGAUUGUGGCAUUACAAAUCUACCAAAGAUACGCAGCCAGGCGGCACAGUGGGGGUUGGUAUCAGCCUUAUCCUUUGUCUAAAAAGCGUGGCUAUUUAAUGCACAUCGCUAAUGCGAAACAGAGCCUGGGAGGGUUAUCCUACAGCUCCUCAGCGCACGUGUCAUUUUUACUGACUCCUGUCUACAGGGCAGCAGCUUACGAGUUAACGUCUUUAAUAACAUUUACUGAAUAUUUCUGUUGGAAACACAGGAAGUCACGAUGCUUUAUCAAAGCACUUUAUUAUCUGAUAUAUGAACUUUGCUAUUAAUAGUCUGUGUCUCUGUCAGGUCGUACAAGUUACGGGAAUUAUUUGGGGAGAUAACUCUGUUUGUUGUGUAACUCAGCGAUGGAUAUAACAUCAUACCAAUACCAGUCAUCUGUGUUUCUGGUCUCUGCGCAUCAGAGGAGCUGCUAUUUAUUAGCUUGGGGCAAAAAUAAUUGCUGUUUCUACUCAUCAACUUUAUCUCAGCUUAGAAUAAAAGUUACUAAUCGAAAUAAGAACCAUUAGAAUCUACUCCCACAAGAAGCAAGUGUUUAUUCCCUUAGCAUAGAGCUCUGGAGUCCUGGAACUGAUGAAUUGCUCAAAGGUGUUUUGAGCUGCUGCUUGGUUGUGGAGAACCUUCUCUUGCAAAAGGUCAGGAGGUGCUUGAAAAUGUGUGAUUCUUUGGGAGAGAGGGCUGGGAGCAAGCUGGGUGAGGGAGAGAUUGGUAGCCCAGCUCGUGCAGAGCCAUUUACAAGCCAGGUGUCUGGACACUGCCCCGGAGAAGACAUCCCCUUCUGAACUCAUACGACAAAAUUGCUCAAAGUCUGUUUGUUCCCAUCUUAAAUUUGAUAGCAUAAUUUAAGAAAAUAAAGAGGGAAACAAAACCAUCGACAUGUGUCGAGUAAAUUUUGUGCUUAAAAUGCUACGCUACAUGAACACAGUUAAAUAUAAGUUUAAUCCAAACUAAGCAUCACAGUUUACAGCAUUAUUUUUGCCCCAACCUAAUGCCUUGAAUCAACUUAAAGGUUCCUGUUAUCUUUUGAAGAGAGGCUCUUACUCCCGUAGGUGUUUGUCCUCAGAAAGGAAUCAAAUUCACUUUCCCCCUGAGGCUCACAUCACAUCUCCUGUCAUUCAUGGGCUUGAUUUGAUCUUAAACAUUUGGCCAAUAUUAUUAAUUGAUGAUUUUUAUGUGGAACAAAUGUAAGAAUUUUGGGAUUCAAGUGCAUCACAGGUUUAAAUCUUUUCCCCACAUCUGUUUGAAUGUUGUAAUAUUAACUACUGAUGCAGAGUACGGUUUCAACAGUCAUUUUAAGAAGUAAUUUUGUGCUUUAUUAAUUGGGGUGUGUUGUAUUGAUCUGCUCCCAGUCUGCAACAACACUGAUUAUUUCUGUCAGCAUUAUGUCUGGUUUAUCUGUCGCCUGGUACUGGGCAGUUUCUGUAUCUAUGAUCUACUCUGUUCAUGUCUUAUCUAACCCUGUUGCCAUGAGAGAACCACUAAAUGCUAUUUUAUUAUAAAGAGUUCCUUUCUGUGGAAAAAAUACUUCUGGCACUCAGUGAACUGUCACGGUAGAACAUUCUCUGCCUGCACAGUGAGUUGAAAAGCGGUGAUGCCCAUAUGGCUUAAAACUAAAACAGGUAAGAAAACCUUUGUCUAUGAUAUAAAACCAGUUAAUGGGCACAGAAGAAUUCCAAUGUGACUUUCAAUAUCGUAAAGAUUAUUGAAAGCACUUAAUGGUGGCCUUGCUGGGCUCCUCGAGAAGUUAAAAGUCUCUGUUAAAUUGCGAGGAAGCAGACAGUGUCGGCACAGAGAGUUCUGGGGGAACUCCAUCUAGAAUCGAGGAAUGUUUUGGGUGGGAAGGGACCUCAAAGCCCAUCCAUUUCCAACCCCCUGCCCUGGGCAGGGACGCCUCCCACUGGAUCAGAUGCCUGCUGUUUGGUACUGAGAUGCCUUCCCAAUAGAUCUUAGACUUCCACCUGAUGCCCUGUUUCCCUUGGGGAGCUGUUAAUGGCUGCAGUUAAGUGCAAUAAGUAUAAAACUGCAAACUGAGCACAGCUCUAAGUUGUUAUUGUGACCACUAAAGGGGAACGACCGUGUCCUUUGCAUUCAGAAAGGCCCUUUCACCAUCUGACCUCCCCUGGAACUGCAGCUCCACAGCCCGCUGGGCUUCUGCCUCUCACUGAACUCAGAGAUAGAGGAUAUAAAAAGUCAACGUUGAGAUUAACUCAGAAAUUGAGUUCAUCUGUAGUAUGCUGAGAUCUGACUGGCUUCUGUCGUGGAGUCUUAGAAGGAAUCAGUGCAGUGUUUUCCAGACGAUAUGUCUGCCCCCGUUCUAGACAUGGAUUAGAGUCUGAGGCUGAAGUUCUCUACACUUUGCCACUGACUUUGGUAGAGCUGAAAAUUCACCACUGUUAUUUAGUAAGAUGUUAUCAUUGGGAAUUAUUGAAUUUAGAGAGAUUUAAUUUAGUACAAACUAUUUUGUAAAAGCUUUUAUAACGUAGUCAGUUUGUGAGAGCCUAUCCCUAUAGAAAGGCUGCCUUGUUCUAUCGUCUGCUGAUAAAUGGGGAUGAAAUGGUGGCAAGAAAAUGCAGAGUUGUGCCCAGUGCUAAAAAAUACCUUUAUUUGAAUUGGAAAUAAAUGGGGAGCUUAGUCAUUUCCAGCAUCAACACAUUUCAGUAAAUGCAAACAAACCAGCAUGUUGAGUUUAUAACUGCUUCUCAGCAGGGCUGUUUGACUUGUAAGUAGAGAAAAUAAAGUUAUUUCUAGACUCCGUGAGUUGCUGUAACUAAGUAAUAGCUCCGAGUGUGGCUGCUGUCUUGCUUUGGGGGAAUUUCGUGAUCUUGGAAGUUGUCUGAAUGUUCAGCAAACAGCGAAGUCUGGGGAGUCAGAGGACAGUGGUGAUUAGAGGG